AUGUUCCGCCUUCUUUCCGCCGUCGCUCUCCUCUUGCCCCUGUUCCCCACACUCAUCACCGCCCAAUGCGCCGCCUGUGAUUCCUACACCGCCGCGCUCCAGUCGUGCCAGACCACCAGCGCCAACGUCACCGCAGUUGGCACCACGAUGGAUUCCACUACCCUUCACUGCAUGUGCACCUCCAAAUCCGGCGUUACCGAAAUGAACGCGUGCCAAGGCUGUGAGGAUUCAAACCCAAGUACGACCCUGGAUGUCACGGUGCUGGCCGCAUGGGCAUUGACUUGUACCGCCGAUGGCCAGUUCGGUGACCAGCAGGCUGAGGCUUGCUGGAAUAGCCAGCCGGAUAAUGUCGGGCCAUGUGUCUCCAAAAGUAGUGCAGGUGAAAGUGCAAGUGCAGGUGGCGAUACCAUUUUUUCAACGAGCAGUCAAUCUGCGACGACAUCUCCAACAGCGACCUCCAAGUCGGACGCGAUGCUGUCUUUGCAGGCGCCUGUCUUACUUUCAGUCUUGGUUGUUGGACUCGGCAUGGCGAUUGAGCUCUGA